AAACACGAACGACGCGCUCUCGCUUCCAUUGCCCCCAAAUUUUUCUGCCGCAUGCCUCUCCUUCUACUUUCCCCCUGAAUCUCAUCUCCUUGUUCCCCUCUUUUAGGGUUUCCCUUCUCUCUUUCAUCUCGUGCGAAGAUCAAUUACGCAAACGCAUCUUCCCUCUAACGGUCGCACGUUUUUAAUGCGAAGAAAGAAAAAUCAGGGGGUUUCUUUUCAAGUCUUCAACUGUUCAUCGUUCAUUCGUAACCAUCAUCAUUGGCUGUGACCGUCAUCCUCAUCAGUUUGCUGGGCCACCAUAGCUGUCAACUAUUUAAGGUGCUGCAGCCCUUAUUUGGAUAGGAUAAUGGGUGUAAUGUGAAAGUCUCUUGGAAGGAAAAAUAGUUUUACAAUGGAGCCUUCUGAUCAGAGAGAGCAAAUGAAAAGCAAUAGUGAUCUUAUGACCCGCCGUUUAAAGAACCGAGAACGCCAACGUAGAUACAGGGCCCGGAAGCGUCUUGAAGCCGACAUGAAGAAGGGAAGUACUUUAACCAACGCAAGUCCACUGCAGGUAGAGAUGCAAGGAAGCGGGGUUGUUGGGAAUCAUGUUAGCACUGUUCAUUGCAAAAGAAAUUGGAAGAAAGAUGCCAGAAGUGCCCAUGCAGCCAUGUCUCGUGUUUCGACCUCGACCAAUGAAUGUCUAGGUGAAGCGGAAGCAAAGCCACUGGUACAAAGUGAAAUUCCAUCGGUCAACUUCAUCGUCCAAAAUGGCAGUGAGAGAAGUGUUACGCCUGGCCGAAGACAUUGGAAAGCCGAGGCAAGAAAUAAGAAAAGUUGAAAGUGAAAGUGUUUAAGAGUUCUUUCCCUUGUUAUGAUAAAUGUUUAUGGAUGUUUUACAAAUGGGAACUACACAACUAAUUUCGGAGGAAAUGUCCAAAAUAGUAAUCACCUUGUAAGAUAUCAUGUAUUGUUAACUCUCUGGUGCCCUCUGUAAGAGUGCCUUGGUUUUCCCUCACUUUGUGGAUGCUUGAAUAUGAGCCCAUAUACUUGCAGAUC